UCAGCCCCGGAGAGUUGCCCGGUGGCGGUGGCAGAGACGGAAGCCGAGUGUGAAGCCCGGCAGCGGUGCGAUGGGGGACUCCAAAGUGAAAGUGGCGGUGCGGGUCCGGCCCAUGAACCGACGAGAAAUUGAUUUGCAUACCAAAUGUGUGGUGGAUGUUGAUGCAAACAAAGUUAUUCUUAAUCCUGUAAAUACGAAUCUUUCCAAAGGAGAUGCCCGAGGCCAGCCCAAGGUGUUUGCUUAUGAUCACUGUUUCUGGUCCAUGGAUGAGUCUGUCUGCGAGAAGUACGCAGGCCAAGAUGAUGUUUUCAAGUGCCUUGGAGAGAAUAUCCUUCAGAAUGCCUUUGAUGGCUACAAUGCCUGUAUCUUUGCCUAUGGACAGACGGGGUCUGGAAAAUCUUACACCAUGAUGGGUACAGCCGACCAGCCUGGGUUAAUCCCAAGACUCUGCAGUGGACUCUUUGCGCGGACCCAGAAAGAGGAAAAUGAAGAGCAGAGUUUCAAAGUAGAAGUGUCCUACAUGGAAAUUUAUAAUGAAAAAGUUCGAGAUCUUCUUGAUCCCAAAGGAAGCCGCCAAACAUUGAAAGUCAGAGAGCAUAGUGUGUUGGGACCCUAUGUGGAUGGACUUUCUAAAUUGGCUGUCACCAGCUACAAGGACAUUGAGUCUUUGAUGUCUGAGGGUAACAAGUCUCGAACAGUUGCUGCAACCAACAUGAAUGAGGAGAGUAGCCGAUCCCAUGCAGUCUUCAAAAUCACCCUCACGCACACUCUCUUUGACGUGAAGUCUGGGACAUCUGGGGAGAAAGUGGGCAAGCUGAGCUUGGUUGAUUUAGCUGGCAGCGAGCGAGCAACAAAAACGGGAGCUGCAGGCGACAGGCUGAAGGAGGGCAGCAACAUCAACAAGUCCCUUACAACCCUCGGUCUGGUUAUCUCAGCCCUAGCAGAUCAGGGUGCCGGCAAAAACAAAAAUAAAUUCGUUCCGUAUCGGGACUCGGUUCUCACGUGGCUGCUCAAAGACAGUUUGGGGGGUAACAGCAAGACUGCCAUGGUGGCGACCGUGAGCCCCGCAGCAGAUAACUAUGACGAAACUCUGUCAACCCUGCGGUACGCGGACCGAGCAAAGCGCAUCGUCAACCACGCUGUGGUGAAUGAAGACCCGAACGCCCGCAUCAUCCGCGAUCUGCGGGAAGAGGUGGAAAAGCUCCGGGAGCAGCUGACCAAAGCGGAGGCAAUGAAAUCUCCAGAGCUGAAAGACCGGCUGGAAGAAUCUGAGAAGCUAAUCCAGGAGAUGACUGUGACCUGGGAGGAGAAAUUGAGGAAGACUGAGGAGAUCGCCCAGGAGCGGCAGAAGCAGCUGGAAAGUCUUGGGAUCUCUCUUCAGACUUCUGGAAUCAAAGUUGGGGAUGACAAGUGUUUCCUUGUGAACCUGAAUGCUGACCCUGCGCUGAAUGAGCUCCUGGUGUACUACUUAAAGGAACACACACUGAUCGGGUCUGCAAAUUCCCAGGACAUCCAGCUGUGCGGAAUGGGGAUUCUUCCUGAGCACUGUGUCAUAGACAUCACGGCGGAAGGCCAGGUUGUGCUGAGUCCUCAGAAGAACACCAGAACAUUUGUGAACGGGUCUUCCGUCUCCAGUCCAGUCCAGCUGCACCACGGGGACAGGAUACUGUGGGGAAACAACCAUUUCUUCAGACUCAAUUUGCCUAAAAGGAAAAAGAAAGCAGAGAGAGCAGAUGAGGAACAAGAUUCCUCCCUGAAGAACGAUAGCAGUUCGGAGCAUUUGGAUGCCGACGGGGACUCCUCCAGUGAGGUGUCCAGUGAGAUCAGCUUCAACUUCGAGUAUGCACAGAUGGAAGUGACCAUGAAGGCCUUGGGCAGUAAUGAUCCAAUGCAGUCGAUACUGAACAGCUUGGAGCAGCAGCACGAGGAAGAAAAGCGGUCUGCCCUGGAGCGCCAGAGGCUCAUGUACGAGCACGAGCUGGAGCAGCUCCGGAGAAGGCUGUCUCCCGAGAGGCACAACUGUCGCAGCGGGGACCGGCUGUCUUUCCACUCACCCAGUGCGCAGCAGCGCUUGAGACAGUGGGCUGAGGAGAGAGAAGAAACAUUGAAUAACAGUUUGAUGAGGCUGAGGGAACAAAUUGUGAAGGCCAACUUGCUGGUGAGAGAAGCUAGUUACAUUGCAGAGGAGCUGGAUAAAAGAACUGAGUACAAAGUCACCCUGCAAAUUCCUGCCUCCAGCCUGGAUGCCAACAGGAAGCGAGGCUCUCUCCUCAGUGAGCCUGCAAUCCAAGUGAGAAGAAAAGGAAAAGGAAAGCAGAUUUGGUCCUUAGAGAAGCUGGACAACAGGCUGCUGGAUAUGCGAGACCUCUACCAGGAGUGGAAGGAGUGUGAAGAAGACAGUCCGGUAAUCCGCUCUUACUUCAGGCGUGCUGACCCAUUCUAUGAUGAGCAGGAAAAUCACAGUCUCAUUGGGGUGGCCAAUGUCUUCCUCGAAAUCCUUUUUUACGAUGUGAAGUUGCAGUACGCGGUCCCGAUCAUCAACCAGAAGGGAGAGGUGGCUGGUCGGCUGCACGUGGAGGUGAUGCGACUCAGUGGGUCCAUUGGGGAGAGGAUUGUGGGAGGUGAUGAUCCUGCGGAGGUCAGCUUUGAGAAGGAAGCUCAGGAGAACAAGCUGGUCUGCAUGGUUAAAAUACUCCAAGCCACAGGGUUGCCGCAGCACCUGUCCCACUUUGUAUUCUGCAAAUACGACUUCUGGGACCAGCAGGAGCCAGUGAUGGUUGCUCCGGAAGUCGAUACUUCCUCCUGUCCUCUCAGCAAGGAACCCCAGUGCAUGGUUGUCUUCGAUCAUUGCCGGGAGUUCUCUGUUAACAUCACUGAAGACUUCAUUGAGCAUCUGUCAGAUGGGGCACUGGCAAUUGAAGUAUAUGGACACAAAAUAAAUGAUCCUCGAAGAAACCCAGCUCUGUGGGAUUUGGGAAUCAUCCAAGCAAAAACACGGAGUCUUCGGGAUAGGUGGAGUGAAGUCACCAGGAAACUGGAAUUCUGGGUUCAGAUCUUGGAACAGAAUGAGAAUGGUGAAUACUGUCCUGUGGAAGUGAUUUCUGCAAAGGAUGUCCCAACAGGAGGAGUCUUCCAACUCCGGCAGGGGCAGUCUCGGCGGGUCCAAGUCGAAGUGAAGUCAGUGCAAGAGUCAGGGACUUUACCGCUGAUGGAGGAGUGCAUCUUGUCGGUGGGCAUCGGAUGUGUGAAAGUUAGACCGCUCAGAUCCCCAAAGACUCAUGAGACCUUCCAUGAGGAAGAGGAGGACAUGGACAGCUACCAGGAUCGGGAUUUGGAAAGGCUGCGUAGGAAAUGGCUUAACGCAUUAACGAAACAUCAGGAGUACUUGGAUCAACAGCUGCAGAAGCUUGUCAGUAAACAGGACAAAACGGAGGAUGACACUGACCGUGAGGCGCAGCUCCUAGAGAUGCGGCUGACUCUGACUGAGGAACGAAAUGCGGUGAUGGUGCCCUCUGUUGGCAGUGGCAUUCCAGGGGCGCCAGCAGAAUGGACCCCAGUGCCUGGGAUGGAAACCCACAUUCCUGUUAUAUUCCUUGACUUAAAUGCGGAUGACUUCAGCUCUCAGGAUAAUCUCGAUGACCCGGAAGCUGGCGGGUGGGAUGCUACCUUGACUGGGGAAGAAGAAGAAGAGUUCUUUGAGCUUCAGAUUGUAAAGCACCACGAUGGAGAGGUGAAAGCAGAGGCCUCCUGGGACUCGGCGGUGCACAGCUGCCCGCAGCUCAGCAAAGGCACGCCUGCCGAUGAGCGCGUGUUCCUCAUCGUGCGGGUGACGGUGCAGCUCAGCCAUCCCGCGGACAUGCAGCUGGUCCUCCGCAAGAGGAUUUGUGUCCACGUCCAUGGCCGUCAGGGUUUUGCUCAGAGUCUCCUAAAAAAGAUGUCUCAUCGAAGCUCUAUUCCAGGCUGUGGAGUGACUUUUGAAAUUGUCUCCAACAUUCCAGAGGAUGCCCAGGGCGUGGAGGAACGAGAGGCAUUAGCAAGGAUGGCCACUAACAUGGAAAACCCGGCGUCUGCCGACUCUGAGGCGUAUAUGGAAAAGUACCUCCGGAGUGUGCUGGCUGUGGAGAACCUCCUGACUUUAGAUCGCCUCCGCCAGGAAGUCACCGUGAAGGAGCAGUUGACAGGGAAAGGAAAGCUGAACAGGCGGAGCAUCAGCUCUCCCAAUGUGCACCGGCUAUCUGGAAGCCGACAGGAGCUUAUUCCAUCGUACAGCCUAGGCAGCUACAAGGGCCGAUGGGAAAGUCAACAGGAUGUAUCCCAAACGAUACCUUCCAGAGGAAUAACUUCAGACCCCCCAGCUCUCUCUGUUUCUCCCCCAGAUAACCACUCCCCCGAUCCAGGCCUCGGUGGCCUAGCAGCCUCCUACUUGAAUCCGGUGAAGUCCCUGGUGCCACAGAUGCCAAAGCUGCUGAAAUCUCUCUUUCCUGUCCGAGAUGACAGAAGGGGCAAACAGCCCUGUCCCCUUGCACAUCAGCCUGUGCCCCGAAUCCUGGUGCAGCCUGCCUUCCCAGAUGCUCGGGCCACCAGGAUGGAGGAGGGUCCGCGAGGCAGCCUGGGGCCUGGUGGGAUCUCAGAGACUGUGGUGCAGAUGGUGACUCCUCCUGCCGUGAAGACCUGCGACAAGCCCAUUAAAGUGCCUUCUCAGCCACCCGCUGCGGCCAUCGCCCAGCCUCACGAAGGGCACGACGGGCCUCCCAGCCCCCUGAGCGAGGCCUCCAGCGGCUACUUCUCUCACAGUGUUUCCACUGCCACCCUCUCUGAUGCACCAGGCUUAGGCCUGGAUGCCAUAGGCCCUGGCACCCAUACCCCUGGGUCACCCCAACCACCGGGCCAGGCCACCCCAGAAGCUGAGCUGGCCUUUUCCUCCUGCACACAGAGCCACCCACCAGUCCCCGAGGAGCCCCGGCCUCAUCCUGCCCCCCCUGCUCUAAGUGAGAAGCUUGAGGCUCCCAACCCACCCCUUCCCGCAGAACCCCCUCCUCCAGUGCCCAUGUCCCCAUUCAGAAUCCGGAAGGUGCGGACCUCAGAGCUAAAGUCCUUCUCUAGCAUGUUGGGGGGUGGAGCUGAGGAGGGCCUGACAGCCACAGAAGAGCCCAGCGAUGCUGGAGAGCAGGCCCUAGGGAGCCUGGAAGUGACCUCUGACUCUGAGGAGGCUAGUGAAGUCCCCGAGUGGCUCAAAGAAGGGGAAUAUGUCGCCGUGGGUACCAACAAAACAGGCAUCGUGAGAUACAUUGGGCCAACUGACUUCCAGGAGGGGACGUGGAUUGGCGUGGAGCUAGACCUCCCUUCAGGAAAGAACGACGGCUCCAUCGGUGGGAAACAGUACUUUAAGUGCAACCCCGGCUAUGGGCUGCUGGUGAGGCCAGGCCGGGUCCGCAGGGCCACGAGUGCCGGGCGCCGGCGCAGUGCAGGUCUCCGGCCGCAGGGUGCUCCCGAGGCCCGCCGGAGCACCACGCUGUCAGGCUCUGCUACUAACUUGGCCUCCCUGACGGCUGCACUGGCCAAGGCUGACAGAAGUCACAAGAACCCUGAGAACCGGAAGUCCUGGGCCAGCUGAACUCUGACUCUCUUUGUGGACUACAGGAGGAGACAGGGCUCCUGAGCCUUCCAGGGGUGGUGUGCGGGACCCUUUCCCUGGGAGCAGGGUCAUGAAUGCUUUUUGCACGACACAGGGUUGGUGACCAACCUGGUUUCCUGUCCUCUGAGGAACUCUGGAAGCUUCCUUUACUCAGUGAUGGUGGAGACUCCUCAGCUAUGCUCUUUGGGGAGGGGGUGGAGGGUUCUGGUAGCCCUGAGAGUUGUAGGAUGGUAGAGCGAGUCCCUGGGUGACAGAGCCACCUCCCCCGCCACCUGCCUGCGUAUAAUAGGGGCGGGGAGGGUCCCAGCAGGGGGGUCAUUGGCCUUCCCUUUUUCUCUAUUCUGCCAAUCCCACUAAUGUCUUAAUUUAAACAGUAAUCCUGACUAGUGCCUUGCCCCCCCCCCCCAUAGGCAUUGCUCCUCCUGCCUGGUGGCCAGUGUCCAUCCCGCCCUCUGUGAGCCUGGAUGAGUCCUGCAGUCCAAGUGACACAUUCCUUUAAGGGCCUCUGCCAGUGACUGGUGCCUCAGUGGGGGUGGUGGGCAGAGACCCCCUCCUGUUCCACGGCACACAGGGUUUCUUGGAGGUGUCUGUGAAGGCCAUCCCAGCAUCCUUACACCUGGAAUGUCUUUUCUGUCUGCCAUUUAUUCCCUUAACAGGAUGCUUGGACUAUAUUUAUUUGUAUUUAUUUUUUAAAAGCUGAAAUCAUUUGCGAGCCACAAUCCUCGUCUGCCUGGGCAGAAGUGCCUGGGGCCCGCCUUGCACACGCUGGCCUCCCUGGCCUGGCUGGAGCAGCUAGAAGCACCGUGGCUCCACUCUUGUGAGGAGGAAGGCACAAGCCCCAGCCAUCACUACCUUGUUUGAUACAAUGUGUUUUGGGGAACACCCACUUACUAUGUUCACCGUGGGGCAAUUCAUAAGCCCUGACUCGCCUUGGGGGCCAACAGCCAGGCCGGUAGCUUGUGUGGGGAGAGCUCCCCACCAAGCGACCCCCCCAGAUCCUUGUAGCAGCCACAUGCCCAGGCCUAGUCAAACAUGUGCACUGCCGCCUCGCCGGGGCACGUUUGCCCCAGAGUCGGGUGCUGGCUCGUGAGUUGGAGGCGUGAGGAUGUGUGGAAGGCUUGGGGAUGGGAUGGUUGGAAGUGCAUCAGGAUUUCACCCUGAUACUGUUGUCCAAGCUGCACGCCACCUCCCCUCCCCUCCCCCAACACGGGGAGAAAUCCCAGGUCAGAACGUGGACCAGACACUCUUGGUGUGGUCAGUCUCUUGUACUCAUGCUCUGGAGGACGUGGAGUAAGCUUCUGUCGAGCUGGGUUCUCUAGGGGUUUCAGUCCCUUAAAAGAAGGAGUGCCAGGCCCCCGAUGUGCACGGCGUUGCCCACUCUGUGCUCCUUGAACACUGGGGCCUCAGCGUGGCCAGCACACAGUGUCAGAGGCUGGGACAGAUUGAAUGGUUUGAGUAACCCAGUGGAUUUUACCGCCAUCUGCUUGCCCUGCCCUUGCCUAGAGACAGGACCAGGACACCGUGAGGGUGAGUGGUCUCCCUGGCAGGGGCCCAGCCUCUUGCUCUGCACCCAUACAGAACCCCCAGCCUGGGAGGUUAUGUCAUUUUGUUCUGUUAGACACCAGGGUCUGGGCUGCUGGCUGUGUAAUUGAAUCAGCCCGUCAGUUCUGCCUGGCUUCCCUGCUUGUCUUCCUACUCAACCCAGAAGUUCUUUUGAGUCUGUUUUGGUUAGAAGUUUUGUCCUAUCUCGGCACCCAUGGUGUAGAAACCAGCUCCAUCAUCCCUUCGAAGGGGCCAGAGCCUCAGAGUGCCUUCCCUGUGGCACCCCGUACCAGGGGCGCGGUCAAAAGAUGCUGCAGGUGGAAAGCUGGUGGCAUCCCUGCCUCUUCAGCUAUGGGGAGGGACACUGUGUUCUGUUAUUUGGAAUGGUCUUAAUGUAGGAGAGAAUGUAACUAUGGGUCUUGUUAGCCAGAGCUCACAGGACCAGUGGGAUUCCUGAAUGAUGAAGCCUAGGCUCGUUUGUCUGGUUGCUUGGGACCACCCCCUCUCCCUCCAGCCCCCAUCUCCAGGGCCCGGGGUUUCCCAGUACUGUGCAUGACUGGGCUUACCGAAAGCCCUGCCACCCAGCAGCACAGUUUCCUUGGGAUAUUUCAGGGUACCCUUACCUCACUCAAAGAUCCCACGCUUAAGCAGUGGGUUAAGUAGAUGACCUGGGUCAGCUGUGCUCGCCACCUUGAGUCGUUCCCGGAGGACCCAGCAUUCAUGGAGAGGUAGUCAUUUCUCAUGGGGACACACUGCUGCUCACAGGUGCCCUGGGUCAGGGCCGCUGGGGUUUCUGGGUGCUGGCAGUAUGCUAGAAUUUUGUCCUGUUGGUGGUUUUGUUCCCCUCCCUUCUCCCUUCCCUCCCCUCUCCCCUUUUUUGGGGGGGCGGUAUGGUGCUGGGAAUUGAGCCCAGAGCUUCAUGUACGGUAGACAAACACUCCACCAGCCGAGCUGCAUCUCCAGCCCCCUCUCGGUGUUUUUGUUGGGCUGUCUGUGUCUGGGAGGGCCCUGGGCAUGUGAGGACACAGGUGGCCUCGGGAAGGAUGGCGCUGUGGAGGGGAACAAUGGAGCACACUAGGUCCUUGCCGGUCCGCGGAACGUCUCUGUCUCACCCUCUGCUCUUGCACUAAGGCCUGCUCACCCCUGUCAGGCUGGAGAGGCCCAGUCACCAUGAGCCUUUCUGGGCUGCAUGAUGGUUGCCACUGUUUCCUCUAGGUACAGCCGGGGGCUCAGACGAGCUGCUCCAGUCUCCCUCUCCACACUUGCUCUUUGGUGCAUACUAACACUAACGUGGCUGGAAAAGUGGUGGCGCGCGGUGAACCUGUCACUACAGUGUCGGUGGAGGGGCAGGUGGGGGAUAGCUUGCUGGGUCUCAAGCAGGAGGAACAGGCACAGAGGAGAGGUGUGUCUGGGUUCAGCGGUGAGACUCCCUGAGGCACUGCAGAGCUUAGAGGGUGUUCUGGUGUCCCCGAAACUCCCCAGCAUAGCUCCUCAUGGCUUAAAGGGUCCACACCUGGGCAUCAGACAAGGCGUUCCUGGGUCUCCCUCACCCUGCCAGCAGUAGCUGCGGGCACUGUGUACUGUGUGGAGGGCAUCUUGAAGGUCCCUCAGCUCCAGGUCACCUCAGGCCUAGGCCACUGGGCCAUCAGUAGUGCCUUCUCUGGAGCCAGUGCACAGCCCCAAACACUAACGUGUCUUUCUCUCAAAGUCCAUGGUGCCUUCUGCGUGGACUGUGGAUGCUUGUGAUGGUGGGAGAGUCGGGAGCACUGAGUGUGAGUGAGUGAGUGUGUGUGUGUGUGUGUGUGUAUGGUGAAAAUAUGAGUACACAGUGAUGUCCAUUCUAGGAUAUAGUGACUUGGUACACAUUAAGUGGAGUUAAAAAAAAUCCAAAGACUCUAAUGAAUUGUAAAGACUUGAUGAUUUGUAUUGUACAAUGAACUAAACUACUGUAAUUUUGUACCAUACCUGCCUUUCCCUCAAACGACCAACAGCUUCUAAAUAAAACCAGAUGAUUUCUUG